CGUUUUAUGGAGCGGGAUGGCUGAACGGGGUCAAUAUCCUCAAGUGCAACGACGACCCAACGCGACAGAAGCUCUGUGGGAGGGGGCCAAGCAGGAGGCGGUAGACAGGGAGUUAAUCCCGUCUAUACCAAAGGCGAAGGUGCUCUUCCCCAUUGCUCUCCAAGGAGAGCGAGCACUGAAGCUGCUGCAGAGGCAAAAUCCGGGCGUGCUGGAGAGCGAGGAGAAGCCCCUUAUGAAAGCUUCCUGCUACAUGGCACACGACAGACCCGCACCACAGGACGAACUUGGGAGUCUGGUGACAGAAGCCGGACCCAAAAACCACCAACUCAUCAUUAGUACGGAUUCCAAUGCCCACCAAAAUGUGUGGGGAAGCCCCGACAUCAAGGACAAUGGCCAAGCGGAUAUCUCCCAAGAGGAGGAAUCUAAGCAAGCCUAGGCUGAGCAACGGGUACGGGAGGGCCGAAAAACACUUGAUCGACCGCAGUGAUGACAAUGGGAAGAUGACAG